CAGGGGGCGGCAUACACCCUGAAAUAUCAUUAUUAUUCGCUUCCAAUAAAUAAGGAAGAAGAGCGAACACGUUUUAUAAACUCAGCAGUGAUGAUGGCUAAACGACCAAACAUCCUGCUAACAGGAACACCCGGGGUUGGAAAGACGACCUUAGGGAAGGAGCUGGCAGCGCAGACGGGGUUAACCUACGUCAACAUAGGCGAUCUGGCAAAUGAAGGCAACCUUUACGAUGGUUAUGAUGAAGAGUACCAGUGUCCUGUUUUGGACGAGGACCGGGUGGUGGAUGAGCUGGAUGCAAAGAUGGUGGAAGGCGGCGUGAUCGUAGAUUACCAUGGCUGCGACCUGUUCCCUGAGCGCUGGUUCCACAUCGUCGUCGUCCUUCGCACCGACAACACCCAGCUGUACACCCGCCUUGAAGACAGGGGUUACACAGGGAAGAAACUGCAGGACAACGUUCAGUGUGAGAUCUUCCAGACCAUUUAUGAAGAGGCCAUGGAGUCCUACCCUGAGGAGAUUGUCCACCAGCUACCAAGCAAUACCCCCGAGGACCUGGAGAAAAACCUGGAGCAGCUAAUUCAGUGGACUGAGCAGUGGAUGAAGGACCAUAACUAAACACUCAUGAUUUAAUAGGAAUUUAUUCUAAGAGAUGUAUUUUUAUAGAUCUUUCAAAAAAGAAUAUUGAUGUUUACUCGAGUCCUGUUAGAAACCCAUUUAAAGUUACUUGUUUUAUUUGCUCCGGUUUCACUUUGAUCCGGUUUACAGACGCUGCAGGAACUGAAAUCUCUUCCUUCUUUCAGAAUCAUCUGUUCCUCUGUGUUCAGUGAAGAAAUCAUGACUCUGUUUCUUGUAUUUAUUUAUACUAAUUCGUGGCUUUCUGGA